UCUAUCUCUGCCUGCCUCCCUUCCUCCACUAAAAAGGGCCUUCCACGACCCCAACCAACCCGCCGAUGCCCCGACCUGGCUACACUACACACCUAGGCCAGGCGCCCAAUUUGGCGACGACCACCCAGGAGUGGAGUCUUGAGUGAGGGGUGCACACUGCUUGCACGCACACUCCGUCCGAGAGUUCUUGCCGCGCGGCGGCGAUGAGGGACGCGGUGGUGAUGGCAGCCGGCGGGAGGGCGGGAGGUGGCGGAGGAGGGGGAGUGGCGCCGUGCGCCGCGUGCAAGCUGCUGCGGCGGCGGUGCGCGGCGGGGUGCGUGUUCGCCCCCUACUUCCCGCCGUCGGAGCCGCACAAGUUCGCCAACGUGCACAAGGUCUUCGGGGCCAGCAAUGUCAGCAAGCUGCUCCAGGAGAUCCCGGUGCAGCACCGAGGGGACGCGGUGAGCAGCCUGGUGUACGAGGCGAACGCCCGCGUCAGGGACCCAGUCUACGGCUGCGUCGGCGCCAUCUCGUCGCUGCAGCAGCAGGUGGAGGCCCUCCAGGCGCAGCUGGCGCUGGCGCAGGCGGAGAUGGUCAGGCUCAACAUGAGCAACGCCAACUUCGCGCACCGCCUCAAGGCGGCCCGGCGCUGUGGCAGCGGCGGCAACAGCAGCGCCGGCUCGCCGUCGUCCAUGUCCUCGCCCAAGACGGUGGAGCCGGAGGCGCACUGCAAGACCACGCCGGAGCUGCUGGACUUGGUCAUGGACCAGUCCAGCAUGGACGAGUCCCAGUUCUGGUCCUACUAGGGUGUCUGACUGCAUCAGGUGCUUCUGGGUCAGGUCAAGUUUAGGUUCUUCUAGCUGAUUUAGCGUGCGAUCAAGUGCCGUUUUGAGUCACAGAUGGUCUGGUAGUUGGUAUAUAAUAUUGAACUAUAUGGCGAGUGUGCGCUGUAAGCCUGUAACAGCGUGACACUGGGAGGAAGGUGAACAUAGAAGCCUUCUCCUAUACCUUCUAGUAUGUUCAGGGCUUGGUUUUUGGCUGUCCUUCCAUGAGAAGUGGAACACUACUACAGAUAUUAGUGUGCAUCAUGCUAAUAUGCUAUGCAUUGCAAAGCCUUCCUUGCUGGCAGCAUUUGCUCAGUAAAACAGGUGAACUCUGCUAUGGAAA